GACUCUGGUGGUGGAAGGAGGCAGACACAGCGCCGGGGGGGGGAGGGAGGUCAUGGAGGGCAAGAAUGUGAUGUUCAUCUGUUCCGUCAGGGCGGAUCCUCCUGCUUAUAACAUCACGUGGCUUCAUAAUGGGCGGGUCGUGGGCGUAGGCGGGCGUAGGUGGCGGCGGGACAACUCCUCGCUUGUGGUCACGCCGGUGUCACGCGAAGAUGCCGGUCUGUACACUUGCCUUGCGUCCAACACUGAGGGCGACGGACAUUCCAACGCCGUCCUUCUGAGAGUCGCCCACACGCCGUACUGCUCGGGGAAUCCCCAGCGCCACUACGUCGUGGCCAAGAACACGACGGUGACCCUCACGUGCCAAGUCGAGGCCGUGCCGCAGGACCUUACCUUCGAGUGGAAGCUCGCGGCGCCGCCCAUCACACACCUCGUCGGCGGGAAUGACAAGGGGGGCGGGGUCGUCACGGGCGAAGGGCCUCCCAAGCGCAUCCCCAGCCUGAUUGACCUGACCCCGGGUCACCCGCAAGAACCCGAGCCCUGGGUGACCCCCGCCCCUCGGCCCUACGAGGUCCCUCUGCCGGCGUCGUGGGAGGAGACGUCGAGGGAGGAAGCCGACUCGAAUGAGGCUCUCCUGAACCACCGGCUGGACCCCGACAGCCCCACUCGGUCGGUGGUCUCCAUCACGCCCACUGCGCCCGCCCAGAUCAUCUGCUACGCCCGCAAUCGCGUCGGACGCACCAGAGUCCCGUGCACCUACACCCUAACGGUUGUUGAGCCUCCGGAGCCCCUGAAGGAGUGCAACAUCACAAACAUUGAAGAGACGCGACUAGAGGUCAAGUGCGACACGCGAGCGCAUACGAGGUCACACGGGGGCGAGGACGGAGGUCAUGUACACCAUUCCCCGAGCUUGAGCUUCGUUAGGUCACCGGAGGCCAGCGCUCAAGCUAACCUCGAGGUCUGGUCCGGGGGAACGCUCAUAACCAACCUGAGCAAGCCACUGCCCGUUUUCUCGGUUCGUGGGUUGCCUCCUCAGUCAGAGCUACGACUUGUCUUGUACGCAGCUACAGCUCAUGCCAGGUCGUCGCCCGUCACGAUGUACACACGCACUCUCCCUCGCUCAACGGUGCAAGUACCAGCGCCCCCGCCCCCGACGAAGCCUAAGGACCAGAAGAAGAAAGGGCGUGACGACCAGAGCCAGUCCGGCGAAAGCGGCAUGGGCGGCGGUCUGGGCAUGGCCAUAGGCGGGCUGGUGGGCGGCGUCGGCGUGAUGCUGCUCGUGCUGGUGCUCGUGAUCAUGCUCAUGAGGAGAAGACAGGCGAGGAGAGCGGCGGAGAUGGACUUGGAUCAGACUCCGGACCCCAUGCUCGGGGGGGUCCCGCACGAACUGCUAGACCGUGAAGUGAAUCUUGUGAGCAACUCUGGCGAAGCAACCAAACUGCCACUUCACACUCCGCCUCCGCCAAGGGUGGGGAGACGCCUGAGUCCGCCAGCAGCAGAAGAGGGAUGCAGCAGCGGGAGUGCAGCCGAGGUCACGGAGGCAUCCCCAGCAGAGGUCGACGUGUCCGGGUCAGGUCAAGGUCAGAAGAUGACCCCGGUCUGCGUUCGUGCCAGUGUUUCGCCGAAGAUCAAGUGAAGUUCGGGCGGUCUUGUUUGAGGCUUGGAAGGUGAAUUUUGUUAUGUAUAUUUUGUAAUAAAGUUUUUUCUAUUACA